CUCUAGCUGUUUUACCCUUCUCCAUCUGCUUUCUCUCUCUUCAUAACAUCUCUGUUUUAACUCUUCCUUACAGUUCACGCCAAACGCCUGUUCACUGUCUCUCUUCUCUGUCACUGAUUACAGUGCAACCAAAGGUAUACUGCUCAGUGUGACUAUUGUUUUCUUCUCGCUUCGUUGGGUUGUAGGUUCGUGUUGUUCGGGAUGAUGGAGGAGGGAGUGAUGUUGGUGCGGAGCAGGGAGAGAGUCUUCGUUUGGUGCUUCUCAAUGGUACUGAUUCUGCUCGCUACUCCUCUUGCUUCCUCGCUCAAUGAUGAAGGAAAAGCCUUGAUGUCGUUGAAGGCCUCGUUUAGCAAUGUCGCAAAUGUGCUACUCGAUUGGGAUGAUGUUCAUAACGACGAUUUCUGCUCUUGGCGGGGUGUUUUGUGCGACAAUGUCAGUCUAUCCGUCGUUUCUCUGAACUUGUCAAACGUGAAUCUGGGGGGAGAGGUUUCACCUGCAAUUGGAGAUUUGAGAAAUUUGCAAUUCAUAGAUUUACAGGGGAAUAAACUAACGGGUCAAGUACCGGAUGAGAUUGGGAAUUGCGCAUCUCUUAUUCAUUUGGAUUUGUCUGAUAAUAUACUGUAUGGAGACGUCCCCUUCUCGAUGUCUAAGCUUAAGCAGCUGGAAUUCUUGAAUUUGAAGAACAAUCUGCUCACUGGCCCCAUCCCGUCAACUCUAACCCAGAUUCCAAACUUAAAAACUCUUGAUCUUGCAAGGAAUCAGCUCUCGGGUGAGAUUCCAAGACUCAUUUACUGGAAUGAAGUGUUGCAGUACUUAGGCUUGCGUGGGAACAUGCUUACUGGAACUUUAUCACCUGAUAUAUGCCAGUUGACCGGCUUGUGGUAUUUUGAUGUGAGAGGCAAUAAUCUAACUGGUAAUAUACCUGAAAACAUUGGGAAUUGCACAAGCUUCGAGAUUUUGGAUAUAUCAUAUAAUCAGAUAACUGGUGAAAUACCAUAUAACAUUGGUUUCCUUCAAGUAGCUACUCUGUCACUGCAAGGAAAUAGGUUAACUGGGAAAAUCCCUGAGGUGAUUGGUUUGAUGCAAGCUCUUGCUGUCCUAGAUUUGAGUGAGAAUGAACUAGUUGGGCCAAUCCCACCGAUACUGGGCAAUUUGUCAUACACUGGCAAACUGUAUCUCCAUGGUAACAGACUUACAGGACCUGUACCACAUGAGCUUGGGAAUAUGUCAAAGCUUAGCUAUCUGCAGUUGAAUAACAACCAUUUAGUUGGAAGGAUUCCUGAUGAGCUUGGAAAGCUAGAGCAAUUGUUUGAAUUGAAUUUUGCCAACAAUGAUCUUGAAGGACCAAUACCGCAUAACAUAAGUUCUUGCAGGGCUUUGAAUCAACUAAAUGUUCAUGGUAAUCACUUAAGUGGAUCUAUCCCUUUGGGUUUCCGAAACCUGGAGAGCUUAACCUACCUAAAUUUGUCAGCAAACAAUUUCUAUGGUAGGAUACCUGUUGAACUUGGGCACAUUAUAAAUCUUGACACCCUGGACCUCUCAAGCAAUAAUUUCACUGGACCUGUGCCAGCUUCUGUUGGUGACCUUGAGCACCUUCUCACAUUGAACUUGAGUCAUAAUUAUCUUGAUGGGCCUUUACCAGGAGAAUUUGGAAAUCUCAGAAGUGUACAAGUCAUCGACAUGUCGUUCAACAAUAUUUCUGGUCACAUACCUGUAGAGUUGGGUCAAUUGCAAAACAUCGCUUCGCUGAUACUGAAUGACAACAACUUGCAUGGUGAAAUUCCUGAUCAGCUUACCAACUGUUUGAGUCUUUCUACACUGAAUGUAUCUUACAACAAUUUGUCAGGGGUUGUGCCUCCCAUAAGAAACUUCUCAAGAUUUUCACUAGACAGUUUCAUUGGGAAUCCGUUCUUGUGUGGAAACUGGACUGGAUCAAUAUGCAACUCCUGUGAUCCUAUGUCAAAUGCUAUACUUUCUAGAGUAAUAAUCAUCUGUACAGUUCUGGGUUUGGUCGCUUUGUUAUCCAUGGUUAUAGUUGUAAUUUGCAAAUCUAAUCAACAUAAGCAAUUGAUUAAGGGAUCCAAUACGACGGUGCAAGGUCCACCUAAACUUGUAGUGCUUCAUAUGGAUAUGGCCAUCCACACCUUCGAUGAUAUAAUGAGAAUCACUGAGAAUUUAAGUGAGAAGUAUGUUAUAGGUUAUGGUGCUUCUAGCACAGUGUACAAGUGCAUCCUGAAAAGUUCUCAACCCAUUGCAAUUAAGCGAAUCUACAAUCAGUAUCAGCACAACUUGCAAGAGUUUGAGACUGAACUUGAAACCAUUGGCAGCAUCAGGCAUAGAAACAUCGUCAGUCUGCAUGGAUAUUCACUUUCGCCUUAUGGGAAUCUUCUGUUCUAUGAUUACAUGGAAAAUGGUUCUCUGUGGGAUCUUCUUCACGCAGGCCCUUCUAAAAAAGUGAAACUUGAUUGGGAAACAAGAUUGAAAAUAGCUGUUGGAGCUGCUCAGGGACUUGCAUAUCUUCACCAUGAUUGUAAUCCUCGAAUUAUUCAUCGGGACGUGAAGUCCUCCAAUAUCCUCUUGGAUGAGGAUUUUGAGGCUCACAUCUCAGAUUUCGGGAUUGCUAAAUGCAUCCCAACUGCAAAAACUCAUGCUUCAACUUAUGUUCUUGGUACGAUUGGCUACAUUGAUCCAGAGUAUGCCCGCACUUCUAGGCUCAAUGAAAAAUCAGAUGUCUAUAGUUUUGGUAUUGUUCUCCUGGAGCUUCUUACAGGGAAGAAGGCUGUGGACAACGAGUCCAAUUUACAUCAACUGAUACUAUCCAAGGCCGAUGAUAACACAGUAAUGGAGGCUGUUGACCCUGAGGUUUCUGUCACAUGCGUUGAUUUAGCUCAAGUUAGAAAAACUUUCCAACUUGCUCUGCUAUGUACGAAGCAACAUCCUCAUGAUAGACCGACAAUGCACGAGAUUGCCAGCAUUUUAGUCUCCCUACUUCCUCCACAUGUUAAAUCUUUUUCUGCUCUUCAAAAGCCUAUCAACUAUGCCCAGUUUGUAAUCGACAAGGAGCAACGUGCUCAACAGGAGAACACAUCUGAUGCCCAGUGGUUUGUUCGGUUUGGCGAAGUUAUAUCUAAAAACAGCCAUUGAAUUUUUAUUUUGGCUACCAAGGUUUAAUUUGGAGGGAUGGUACUCCAAAAUUUUGGCUUAAGUGAGCUUGUUUUGUGGCCCAUAAAGGAGAUAUGUAAUAUCGAUCUAGAGAAGGUUACAUCCUAUUUAAUCAGUUUUUGAGUUUUUAACAAAAAUUUGUACUUUUUACACGAUCAUGUUAGUUGAAAGUUGAACCUGUAGCAGCACUUAUA